AUGACAACAACAAUAAAGCAUUUGAAAGAGAAGAAAGAGCGAGGCAUGGUCAUCAAGAGUUGCGUUUCUUACAUAUUUCUUAUUUUCGGUAAAUACUCUGGGGCCAGCCGUAAAAUUCUCCAUUCACUUUCAAGAUCAGUAUUAAAACCGACAGUUGCUGUAAAUCUGGUUUCGGUUAAUUGCAUUAUUGGAUGCAUCGAAGAUUGCGACGAGAUGGAAAGUUAA